AUGGGACGAGGCGAGGAGAGCAACGUCGUCUACGUCGGCGGUCUGAAGUUCUCCACGGACUCGGACGCGCUCCGGGAGUACUUCUCGUCGUACGGCAAGGUCCUCGGCGCGAGGGUCGCGUGGGAUCACGACAGGCGCCAGUCCAAGGGCUACGGGUUCGUAUCGUUCGCCAAGACCGAGGACGCGGUCGACGCGGUCGACGACAUUCGUCCCGCGGUGAUCGACGGCUGGCGAUGUAAGGUCAACUUCGCGGAGGCCUCCGCCGCGGACGUGGAGAGAGAGAGGAGCGAGAAGAAGCGACGCGACCGGAGUCUUGGUCCGGGUCCGGACGGCGGCGACCGCGGUCGAGAGAGGAGCCGGCGGCGAGGCGCGUCCCCCGGAGGGACCGGGACCGCGCGAGGAGGGGACGAGUCGUCGCGGCGGCGAAGGAAGCGCGACGCGUCGCGCUCGCCGUCGCCGUCGCGGUCCAAGUCCAAGUCCAAGUCCAAGUCCGAUCGAUCCGCGUCCAAGUCAAGGUCCAAGUCCCGGUCCAAGUCCAGGUCCAAGUCCGAGUCGCCGCCGCCGAGGAGGGACGCGCGGUCCGUCGCGAAGGAGCUGAAGCGCGCGAAGCGAUCCAACGCGGAGCUGGAGGACCGAAUCGAAGCCCUAGAGCGGAUGCUCGACGCGCGGUCGCGAGGCGGCGGCAGUUUAGGCGGCGGCAAGGACAAGGACAAGGACGACGACGACGACGACGCGAGGAUAGAGGCGCUGGAGCGGGCGCUCGAGGCGGCGACGGACGUCAGGAAGAGAGCCGCGAAUUGGGUGAGCGAGAUGACGGAGCGGCACGAGGAGUGUGCGACGCGGAGGGAGGCGGCGGAGGCGGCGUAUGGGCACAUCAGAGCGUUGGUUCGCGCGGAGGAGGCGGAGCGGGAUAAAUCCGGGGGGGCGUGGGUGAGCGUCGACUGAUGAGGUUGUCUAAAUGUAAUUGUUGCUAACGAACCUAAGAAACUAUGAGAGCAUUUCAUCUCCAGGGGACGCGACGCGCCGGUUGUUCACCGACGGUCAAUCGCCCCGGAGGCGCCCUGUGAUGUGCGUCGCUACUAUCUCAAUCGUGUGGCUUCCCUCCCUCGUCCCGCGUCGGGGGCUCGUAAAAAUAUGAGCCGCCGCGCGGUCGUCUCAUCAUGAACCUCUUCCUUCUCUCGUCUCGCACGUCGUCGUCGUCGUCGUUCACGCCUUCAUGAUGGACAUCAGGAUAUCCGCCGCGGACUUGUCUUUCGGACCGUCCUUCUUCUUUUCUACCCCGCCCCGCGCCUCGCCCGCGCCCGCGCCGGUGCCGCUCCUCGGCUUCUUCGUGGGCGGCGCCGCGAGCGCGGCGGCGGCGUCUCGCUCGCCCGCGGCGCCUCCGCCGCCAACCUCGGCUUCGCCCGCGGCGUCGCUGUGCCACGUCAUCGCCCCGGUCAUCAUCGAGUCCGACCCGGCGUCGUCCGCCUCCGCGGCCUCCUUCUUCUCCCCGCGAUCCGACGCCUUGCGCUUCUUCUUUUUAGAAGAGCUCUUCUUCGAGCUCUUCUUGCCGCCGUCCGCGCCCCCCGCGGCGGCCUUCUUCCCGCCCACCGCGCCUCCGGACCCGCGCUUCUUCUUCGCGUCGCCGCCC